CAUGCGCACAGUCCCCGGCCUGACCUCUUUAAGGGCGUCCUGAGGCGCGUCUCCCCGGCAGAGAGACGCUGCGAGGGAGGGAGGAUGCCUCGCUCCUUCCUGGUGAAGAGUAAGAGGGCGCACAGUUACCACCAGCCCCGCACACUGGACCACAUUCUGGCACACUUCUGCACAGGUCCUUGGAGUGAAGAUGCCGGGUGUCCCCCACCUUGUGUCCUCCCGGAUCGCGCUGGUCCAGCUGAGACGGUCUCUGCAGAGGACUCGGCGGACGUGACCGUGGACUCGUUGGCUUUCUCUCCCGGCUCUCACGUCACGGACGCUGCUGACUUCUCGCCCAAGUCCCCGCUGAGCUGCUCGGGCAGUCUGUGCGCUCCUUCACCGGACUACGAGGGCUUCUGGAGGCCGCCGUCCCCGUCUGCGUCGCCGGAUUCGGUCAAGUCUUUCUCACCUCUGGCGGACGACACGCAGCCCUUCGCGGCACCCUUCCGGCCGUAUGACUGGAGCGGCUACGCGGGCCCCGCAGUCCAGGGCCUCUAUCCCGGCGUGGAGGUGGAAAGGGCCCCGGCCUCCUCUGUGCAGGGUUUCUAUCCCGGUGAUCCUGUGCACUCGUCCGUGUUCGCGCAUGAGACGUUAAGGACGUACGGUCGACACGCCGCCGCGCUGCUCUUCCAGGAGGGGGGCCUCCACACAGCGGCCCACGACAUCCACGAAUCCCGGCCCCCGCCGGACGUGCUGUGCACCAGUCUGAUGUUGAAUGGUGCCUACAAGUGCGUCAAGUGUAGCAAGGUGUUUUCCACGCCACACGGCCUGGAGGUCCACGUGCGCAGGUCUCACAGCGGCACCAGACCGUUUGCUUGUCACAUCUGCAACAAAACAUUCGGACAUGCGGUCAGUCUGGAGCAACACAAGGCCGUGCACUCUCAGGAGAGAAGUUUCGACUGCAAAAUUUGCGGCAAAAGUUUCAAGAGGUCGUCCACGCUGUCCACGCACCUCCUCAUCCACUCGGACACGCGGCCCUACCCGUGUCAGUACUGCGGCAAGAGGUUCCACCAGAAGUCCGACAUGAAGAAGCACACCUUCAUCCACACGGGUGAGAAGCCACACAAGUGUCAGGUGUGUGGCAAAGCCUUCAGCCAAAGCUCCAACCUGAUCACCCAUAGCCGCAAGCACACCGGCUACAAGCCGUUUGGAUGCGAGCUGUGCGGAAAAGGUUUCCAGAGGAAAGUGGACCUGCGGAGACACAAAGACACGCAACAUGGACUCAAAUAGCUUCACCGGAAGCGACGCAUAAUGUACAGUAUAUCAUCGAUUGUGUAAAAAAAAAACGUAAUUUAUUUUUUAUGAACGAAAUAUUGUUAUGCGCAGCGUUAAACACUACAAUGUUGGAUUUAACCGUUCGGAGAGAUGGACAUAUUAGUUAUGCUGGCAAAACAACACGAGACAUUUAAUGAUGAGCACUGAAAAACUUCAUUUCUUCUCACCACUCAUGAAGCUUUUGGCUGUUGACAAAACGAAGUCAUGACGUCACACGGUGGAGGUGUGCUUGUUUUUUUUCCUGCUUUGACGGCUGCAUUAAAACUAUAC